AACCACAGGGCGCCCCCUGGAGCCCGGGGCUCGGGCCCUGGGCACGGUCUCCCAUGCUCUGCGUCUCUCCCGCGGGGCUUCCGCAAGUGGGAGGGCGGGAAGGCGGCCACGCUCUGCGCGGACGACUAAGGAAGGCGUGGUACACUAAGCUGGGACUUCAGCACACGCUGCACCAGGACAGUCGGGAAAGGUGCAGACAUUUUGCACAGGACGAGCUUGGCGCUUAGCUUGGAGACCUUCCCUCCUCAGGGCUCAGCGGUCUGGCUGGGCGGGAGUCUGCUCUGCAGCUUUCUGCUGGUGGCUAUCAGGAGCACAGAAACCUGUUUUACAGUAAUUUUGCUGCAUUCAGCGAUGAACACCUCAUUUCCCCUGCAUUUCCUGGAUCUCCACCUGAAUGUCACCCAUAGCAACUUCUCAGGAGUGGAGAGUGGGAACAAGUCCUCACCAUGUGAAGACAUGGGCAUUGCUGUGGAGGUGUUUCUGACCCUGGGCCUUGUCAGCCUCUUGGAGAACGUCUUGGUCAUUGGAGCCAUCAUGAAGAACAAGAACUUGCACUCCCCUAUGUACUUCUUUGUGUGUAGCUUGGCAGUAGCGGACAUGCUGGUGAGCAUGUCCAAUGCCUGGGAGACGAUCACCAUCUACCUGAUCAACAACAAGCACCUGGUGAUCACAGAUACUUCUGUGCGGCACAUUGACAAUGUGUUUGACUCUAUGAUCUGCAUCUCUGUGGUGGCUUCCAUGUGCAGCUUGCUGGCCAUCGCAGUGGACCGGUACAUCACCAUCUUCUAUGCCUUGCGCUAUCACCACAUUAUGACAGUGAAACGUGCCACGGCAAUCAUUGUGGUCAUCUGGAGCUUCUGCACGGGUUGCGGCAUUGUUUUUAUCCUAUAUUAUGAGUCCACCUAUGUCGUCAUCUGCCUCAUUUCCAUGUUCUUCACCAUGCUGUUCCUCAUGGUGUCCCUGUACAUACACAUGUUCCUCCUGGCACGGGCCCAUGUCAGGCAGAUCGCAGCUGCACCCAGAUACAGCUCUGUGCGGCAGAGGGCCAGCAUGCGGGGUGCUGUCACCCUGACCAUGCUGCUGGGGGUGUUCAUCGUGUGCUGGGCACCCUUCUUCCUCCAUCUCAUCCUGAUGCUCUCAUGCCCCAAGAACAUCUACUGCUCCUGCUUCAUGUCUCACUUUAACAUGUACCUCAUCCUUAUCAUGUGCAACUCUGUGAUUGACCCUUUGAUUUAUGCCUUUCGUAGCCAGGAGAUGAGAAAGACUUUCAAGGAGAUUAUUUGCUGCCAUGGCUUCAGGAUAGGCUGUCAGCUUCCUAACAGGUAUUAGAUAGACAUAGCCUUCCCCUUGCCAAGGCUCUCAUUUCUCGCUUGAACAUCCUCUAGGUUCAGCAAGAGAGUCACUUGCAGCUCAAGUCUGUGCUUCAGAGAAACAUCUGUUCUGCGGCUGUUGCCGUGUCAGAUGUACUCAUAUUGUAAUCUGCUUUGGGGAAUGGGCGGUGAGAGUUCAUCAUUGGCCUUUUUUGCCCUAUUGCUUCUUUGCCUCCUCUUGUUUUUGGAGCUGUAUCCAUCCUUCAUCUAGAAAGAGUGUCCUUGGCGAAUUCAUGAUGCCCCAAAUGCAAGUCUGAGCAUGGAUAGGCACAGGCUGCUUUUGGAAGCACAGCUAAAUAUCCAUGUCAAGCGGGAUUGCUUGUUCACCCAGAAGUGGGUCGGCACUUUGCUUUGGGAAUACAGUGUGUGUUUCAGGAGGGACACACUGUCAAAUCCUUUCCAUUUGAAAUUUCCUGCAUUGGUCAUGGAUGUCUCUGGAGCCCCCCUUUCCUGAACUUAUAGUUUUAUAGCCUAUAAUCACAAUGGUCUGAGGAUGGAAUUUCUUUCAUUAUAUUUCUGUCAUUCAUGGUUUUACAUUUACUCAGACAUAAAACUUUGUGCUACAAAACUUGCCUCAUGUUGUAGAAAUGUCUGUGUGUUCUACUUUCUGCCUUAUUCUAGUUUAAUUUAGGGCUUCUCAGCGAGCGUUGGGGCUCUCUCUCUAGAUCUCCCUGCACAUAGUGUAUGUCUACAGCCAGGCUGUGUCUAGUCAUCUCACCGUGGUCUCUCCUGAUGUCUGUGUCACUGCAUCCUUUGUAGCAUCUCAAUCUGACCUGCACUGAGGGUCAGAGUCCUAUUCUGUUGCUCAGGAGCCCUACCUUCUCCAUCUAAAUGGAGGAGUGAACUUUGAAUCUAUGGUCUUAAGCUCCACAUUCCAGGAUCCAUCUCUGCUGAUCUCCCAGGAAAACUGCAGAAGGACAUGGAGAACUUUUUAUCUUUCUAUGGUAUUACAGAGGUUUUUUCUAUAAUGAAGAAAUGACCCAACUUUGCUUUCUGUCUGUUUAGAUAGUCACAUCUAACUGCUUUUAGUAAAACAAAGUUUAAAUAAAGUAGUGAACCAUGAGUCAUAUGGCAGUGAGCCCUUGGUGUAAAAAGGUACCCUUGUUCCCAGAGGAGAGGUUACAUUCACAGCUUGCAUAGACACCAUGGUCUGCAUCCACGGGAAAGCUCACAGAUAUCUGAAUCUUUGGGGAGGGUACAUUAGUAGGCUACUAGUACCUGAGUCUGAUGGAACUCAGGUUAGCCUUUCAAGGGUCUCCUGUUCCUUCAAAUGUAUUGGGCAGUCCUAGGUGUGAACAGGAGUGUAAAGUAAGUGAUCCCAACUGAAUCACAUGAAAUUGCAGUCUGCUGUGCAUGACAUUUCUCCGAAUUCCGGCUCUGUAACACUGCCAUGCACUAGGGUCCUUGUUACUCACAUCUAUAGUCUUGAGUCUUCUGGGAGGCAGCCCAGAGGACAGAACAGGUCAGCAGAUCUCUUAGACUAUAGAUAGACAAAGCUGUAGCCUCCCUGGCUUCCAAGGGUGCUUGGCUAUAGUCAGGAUGGUUCUCUGCUCUCGGUGCUUCAUGACCCACUGCAAGAUCUGGCCUUCCCAUGAAGUCUUUCAGCAAGUGUUCCAGUGCCUUCAAGUCUUGGUGUCAUCAUGUGUCCAAAUUUGUCCCUGGUUGAAGCAAUGUGGAAAAUAUCUGUCAAUGAGCCAAUUCUUGGCACCCAAUAUAAAGCCCUGCCCUCAACACCUAGCUGCCAGAUACAUAUGUUUAUCCACUUCUGUAGGAAAUGUAUUUGGUGUAAUACUAUCCAUUGAAAGAAAAAGUUAGUAAACCAGAAGCCUGCAUCAAUUAAAAUAUAUAUAAAUAAAAUUUUAUAUAAAAAUAAAAUGUAAGAGCUAGAUCACCCAUUUGGCCUUUCAGAUGUGUGGUAUUCCGGAUUUGUGUUUUCUGCCAGUCUGUCAGCAGCUGCUACAAAAUGAGGUCCAUCCAUCUGUGAAUCUUAAUGAAAUUUACUUCUGUUUUACCAAGUUUAUACCAACUUAGGAGAUAUUCACCACCAAUAAAAUUUCUCAGGUCACAAUAUUAUUACCACUACAAAUAAAAUUAUACACUUGAC